AUCGACUUGAUUACGAUUCGUCACGAGUUUGUGAAGUAAGCAGCUCUGAUUUAAGCAGAGGUGUUAUCAUAGGUGUGUCUAUCAGAUCUGGCUAUUUAUUCGGACUUUAGUCUCUGAAAGAUAUCUGUAUAUAUUUUGAGUGAUCAAAAAGGAUAUCUCUUUUUCGAUUUGGGCGUUCAGAUUGAAAGAGUAAGGAUCAAAAGAAAGGUAAAGAUUCUAGUCAGAACUCUCAAGCCAGUGAAGAUUCUGCCAUGUCAGGUUACCCACCUCAGCCAGCCUACGGUGCGUACGAGCAGCCGCCAGCCGGGUAUGGGUACCAACCACAGCAGCCGUACUAUCCUCCACCCCCACAACCCGGCUUUCAACCCGGACAGCCGACAGUGUGCCAACCUGCCGGUGGAGGUUACUACCCAGGGCAGCCUAUUCAACCGCCUCCUCAAACGAUAAUCGUACAGGAGCGAAACUCCGACGACGACUGCAUGAGGGAUUGCGCCAUUUGUGCCCUUUGUACAGCUCUCUGCUGUUUCUGCUGCUCAGACUGAUAAGUUCACUAAAAAAAUGUUACAGAACAAGAAAAAAAAUCAGUGUUUAUAGCAUAAUUUUCUCCAAGAUUUCCAAAUUGGAUUUAUUUGUGUAGUUUCAUUUGGAAUCCCCCCCCCCUUUUUUAACACAUACAGAAUUAGUUAUUUUCUCUAUUUUACAUGUUUAAAGUUAACGCAGUUCCUUUGAAUGCUAAAGUUCCUAAAGAUAGUGAAAAUCAUCAACAGUGAAAUUUUUUAUUUUUUUUAGUUUGAACUUGGAUAGAUUUAAUAAAAUAGGAGUUUGCUCGAGGCAUACAUGAUCAACAAAUGCAGGGUUAGUAAAUUAAACAAUUCUAGUUUUAUUCUGUAAUCAUAUUUUUCAAUAAAUGUUUAUUGUUGAAGUCAUUUAGAAUUUUUUUUAAAAAAAAUUUUGUGCAAAAGAAAACUAUAAACAGUUUCCUUUCGUUCGUGUGUAAGUAGAUAUUUUAUUCUAAAUUAUUUAAACUGCAGGUGUUUUUGACGGGGAAAAAAUCUAAUUUCUAGUGCCGAAGAAUCAGAUCAAGAGAUAUCUAUGAAAAUGAUUAGAUUAGUAACCUAAAUAUUGAAAAAUGUUGUUCAAUUUUUUUAUAAUAUUACAAUAUAUUUUUAAUAUUAAUAAAAUGUUAAAAAUAUUGUUGUAUAUAUUUGUUUGAAAAAUAUUGGUUUACAUUCAUUUACAUGAACUUGAUUGCAUCUUUUCUUAAUUUUGUUUUUAAUGAUACAAUUAUGUUUUGCACUUACUCUUUCUUUGAUCAAAAACCUAUAAAUUAGGUUCGCAGUUUUUUUUAAUCUUCUUAUUUCACGAACAAAUAUGCAAACUACUACUGAGGAAUAAUUGUGUAAUCUUUGAUAUUUUUGUAUAAUCUUCGAUUUUAUAUGUAAUUCUUGGAAUACGAAUAUUUCUCUUCUAUAAUCGAUUGUUUUCUGUUUUCUUUAUCUGAAAAAAUUAUUUUUCGGAACUACUUAUUUCGAUGUACUCUGGUCGAUUUUUUUUGCCAAAAGAUUUCUUUCUAAUAGCUGAAAAUAAUUUUGCUUUCCUGUGUAAUGGGAUUUUCUUUUUCAAUUCCAAUUUUUAUAUGAAGUUUGUAAAUAUUUAAUUAUUUUUGUAUUUUUAUACUGUUUUCGAAUUGUGUUUUUUGUUACUAUUUUGUCUUAAUUAGUUAUGAAUUUAAUAUGGCAAUUUAUAAUAAAUGAUAGCUUAAUUUUGAAUAAUUAUUGAUAUUGCCAAAAUAUGUGAUAAUUUAAUAAAAGUAUGUAGUAAAUAUUGCAUAAUGUUUGUGAAAAAAUAACAAAGUAAAAUAGUUUUUCAUAGUUUUAGAAAGCUUUUUCUUUUGCUAAACACACUUGAUUUUCGCAGUUUUUGCACAAUUGUAUAUUUUUGUUCCUUUGAUGUUCAUUCUAUUUAUCUUGUAAAAAAUAAAUUUAAAUGUUUACAAUGGAAAUAUUUUUUAAAAAAAAUCAAUACAAUCAUUGUAGCAAAUGAUAGAAAAUUAGUUAAAAUAUCAUUCUGAGCUUAUAAAGAACACGAUAAAAAUCAGACCACUAUUAAAAUUGCUAUAAAAACUGCUAUUUUUUUAUAUAUAUUUUAAUAACUAUUUUUAUAUUAAAAAGCGUAAGCAAGAGUUCAUCGUAAACUGCUAAAUAGUUGUGUACGAUAUGCUUUGCAAUAUAUAUAUAUAUAUAUAUAUUAAAUAUGCGGCAAUUUAUUUAUAUAUUUAAUAUUCUGUUAUUGAAUGCUUGCUUGAAUGUGUUUGUUUAGCUUACAACUUCUGUAAAAAAAAUGAAUAAAGGUGCAUAUUUUUUGAUUACCGAAAAA